CAACAAGUUGAUGAUGACGGUGAUGUGAAUAAUAUUGCAGAUCAUAUUGAGCCAGCAGAGCGCCAAAUUUAUGGUUAUGAAUCGCCUCCUCCAUUUUUCCAGCAAGUACUUCUAAACCAUAAUCUACCUUUGAUGUCACUCUUACCGCUAUAUGAAACACAGUAUUUUGGACAAGAACCAAUAGGAACCGAAAACGAUGGUGAUAUGCCGAUUGUUUAUGUCGGGAGACAGAAUGAAGAAGAACCAGUAAGGAUAGAAAAUGAUGAAAAUAUAUCAAUUAAUGUUCACUUCAGGAGACCGAAUGAAGAAGUUGAAAAUAUGAGAGAAAUCAUUGUCUGCAUCGCAUGUUUGAACGAGGAAUCUAAUGUGGUAUUACGGCCAUGUAACCAUACAUGUUUAUGUGGUGCAUACUAUGAAGGGUUAUCUAGAUUGGUUUGCCCACUAUGCCGAGAAACUAUAAGAGAAAUUGUUGUAUUUUUAAGCUAAAUUCCAAAUGAAUUUUGUUUAAUUUUAUUUAAAUAAAUAAUACUUUUGUGACAGUAAAA